CCUCUUUUAUUAUUUUGUUUUCUUCCCAACAAUCCUGACGUGAUUUCCUCCUUCCCUCCUUUAAUCCGCUCAUCUUUCCUUCAAUAUAACCCCUAACCCCCCAUUAUCUUAUCCAUCUUCUUCUCCCUCACUCUUUUUCUUUCACUUUAAAAUAUUAAAAAUGGCUAAAGAUUGUUGUACCACUACUACUACCAUUCUCACUCUCUCUAUCCUCCUCCUCCUCUUCCCUUCCCUUUCUACCUCCUCCACCUUUACUUACAACUCUAUCGAUGUCUUUGCCUCGCUCCGCUCCACCCUUAACCUCUUCUCUGCCGACAACAACAACGCCCAGCUUACUCAACAAAUACAUCAGCAGCAGCAGCAGCAGCAGCAGCAUAGGCCCAACAAACAUAACGACGGCACACUGUCUGUCGAAAUCCACCCACGAAUCUCCCUCCACGCCCACCACUACACAGACUACAAGCAGCUCGUGCAAUCCCGCCUCGCGCGUGAUUCCGCACAUGUCAAUUCACUAGUUUCCAAGGCGGAGUUUAAGCUCCGAGGCAUCUCUCGCUCGGAACUUAAACCAAUGGACGCUGCCCUCGCCGCCGAAGACCUCGAGGCACCGGUAUCCUCCGGGACCAGCCUCGGCUCCGGCGAGUACUUCUCACGCGUCGGUGUAGGCUCCCCUUCAAAGGAGUACUUCAUGGUUAUUGACACAGGCAGUGACGUCAGCUGGCUCCAAUGUCAACCCUGCUCCGACUGCUACCAGCAAAGCGACCCAAUCUACACCCCUUCAUCCUCCUCCACAUACUCCCCUCUCACGUGCAGCACACGUGAAUGCUCCACCCUCGAGGUCAGCGCGUGCCGCAACAGCGCGUGUCUCUACCAGGUCUCCUACGGCGACGGGUCCUACACCGUCGGUGAAUUCGUCACCGAAACGGUGUCGUUCGGCACCUCAGGGAAAAUCCCAAAGGUAGCAAUAGGAUGCGGCCACGACAACGAAGGACUCUUCGUGGGUGCUGCCGGGCUUCUCGGGCUCGGUGGUGGCCCGCUCUCAUUACCCUCACAAAUCAAGGCCACCUCCUUCUCAUACUGCUUAGUCGACCGUGACUCCCCCAAAAGCUCUUCACUCGAGUUCAACUCCGCGAAACCAGCGGACUGCGUAACAGCACCGCUUAUCAAAAACAACAAACUCAACACAUUCUACUACGUUGGACUCAGUGGGUUCAGCGUGGGUGGUCAGCAGAUCUCCAUCCCACCAACAUUAUUCGAUGUAGACGAGUCGGGUUCAGGUGGAGUCAUCGUUGAUUCAGGCACAGCCGUAACUCGGCUACCAACUCAAGCCUACAAUUCGCUUCGAACCGCAUUCACUCGGCUAACGCCGCACCUAAAGUCAACAACGGGAGUAGCACUGUUUGAUACUUGUUACGAUUUCUCGUCAAUGAGUAGCGUUAAAGUUCCGACGGUUGCUUUCCAAUUCGCCGGCGGACAAACCCUUGAUUUACCGGCGAAGAAUUACUUGAUUCCGGUGGACUCAGCAGGAACGUAUUGCUUUGCAUUCGCUGAAACGACGUCGUCUAUGUCGAUAAUAGGGAAUGUACAACAACAAGGGAUACGUGUUCAUUACGAUCUAGCUAGAUCUCAAGUUGCUUUUUCGCCGAAUAAUUGCUAACGAACGUUAUGAAAAGUUAGAUGAUUAAAUUAAUAAUUAAAUUAAAAAUGUUAUUGGGAGAUGUACAAUUACGAUUGUAUCCUUAGGGGGGGGGGAAUUGAAAAAGAAGAGGAAUUAGAUUCCCUGGUGGUUGGGUAAGUGUGAUUAAAGUAGGGAGGGGCCCACGUUGAAUAAGUGUUAGUGAAAUGUGGGUCCCAAUGCAUGCAAAUUGACGGGUUGGUUUGUUGUUAAUUGAAUGUAACAAGUACUGUACUCAUACUUGCUAAGUUGCUCGUGUAGUAAUUGUCCAUUAGUAUUAUUGACUGUACUGUCACUAUUUACUGUUUUUUUUUUUUUUGAGUUAAUUAUAUACUUUUAAGCUUAAAAUUCUCUGUUA